AUGAUGAAGUUUGCCUCGUUCGAAAACAUCGUUCAGGCCAUCUACCACUAUCUCCCUGGGCAAAAGACCGACUACAACAAGGGCGCACAAACUGCAGUUGCUUUUACGGGAGGUUACCUCGCCGGUAUCCUCUGCGCCAUCGUGUCGCAUCCGGCAGACGUAAUGGUCAGCAAGCUGAACGCAAACCGCCAGCCUGGUGAAGCAUUCGGCGCUGCCAUGAGCCGCAUCUACAAGGACAUCGGUUUCAGGGGCUUGUGGAACGGCCUGCCCGUCAGGAUUGUAAUGAUUGGAACCUUGACCGGGCUCCAAUGGAUGAUAUACGAUUCGUUCAAGAUCUUCAUGGGACUUCCAACCACAGGAGGCGGCCCUCAAAAGGAGCAGAAGUAA